GCGUGGAGACACGAUAAUGCUUUGUAAAAAGCAACAAAACAAAGAUGGAAAGGGCGACGUCCCCAUUUCAUGUUGCAUGCCUGUCUCUCUUUCAUCACUCUCAGUUUGUUUUUUUGUGCGUGAGAGAGAAACAGAGUUAUGAAGAGCCAAAGACAUGAUGAUAUAUUUCAGACCCACAAAAAAAAAUAAUCAUUGACAUCAAGAAAGCGCACUGGCAAAGUUAUUUAAAGUUAGAAUUUGUUGUUAGAACUUUGUUUACUCUUAUAACGUGGUACUUUCUUUGCUCAGGAUUUGUUUAAUCAUCAUAUUUGAUUAAAAUAUGUAUGCACUCAUCAUUCCACUCUGUUUAAGUCCCAUACUAAAGUGGUUUCCUUGAUGCGUGACAUCCAAGCUCUUCAAUCAUUUUCAGUGUCUAAUUAACUGAAAAGGGCUUGUGAAGAAGGCUCUCAGAUUACUCAGUUUGUUGGUGAGUCUUUGUUUUACUCUGGGGUUUCAAGAAGAUUCCUCCAGAAUGGAGUUUGAAAUAGAAUUGUCAAGACUUUUCAGGAGUCCACCUCAGUUCCAUUUUAAAUGCAAAGGCAAUGUGUUGACUUAAUUAGGGUUUGAAAGUGUUCUUGGACAUGGCUGAAGUUAAACUUAGAAGAGUGGAGCAGGGCGAUACCAAAAUUAAAAGUGUUCCAAUUGCUGUGACCCCAGAAGGAUUUUGGUGUUGUCCAUCUCCCGUUGUUUUUCAAAAGACAAUCAAGACACAAGUUCCUCCAGACAAGCCCAAAUCAUCUCCUAUGAACCAAAAUACUUCAGUUCAGAGGAAACAAACCUCAGUAACCGAGAGAAAGCCAGGGACUUCGUCAAGGACAGGUCCUGUUCCUGGUGAUCAAAGAACCCAUAGUUCUGAUGCACCUGUUCUUGAUGCUGCAUUGAUAAAUAUUGAGACACCUCGGCUAAAGGUUGAGAAUGUGCCUAGGAAGGUAACAAUUGAGUUUGGUGAACCAGGAACAAGUGAUCUGAAGGUAAUUUUGCUUGGAAAGCAAGGAGUUGCUGUCAAACUGAGUGUCCAUAGGAGUAUACUAGUGGAAAACAGCAGUUUCUUUGCCAACAAAAUAUUGAGCCAGCAGCCGUUUUUCCCCUGUAUUGAAAUUGAUGACUGCGAGGAUGUUGAGGUAUAUGUCGAAACUGUUGGACUGAUGUACUGCAAAGAACUGAAGCAACAGUUAAUCAAGCAAAACGUAUCGCGUGUGCUAUGCAUCCUCAAGGUUGCUGAAGAGCUUGGUUUUACAACUUGCGUCCGAACGUGCUUGGACUACUUGGAAGCAGUACCUUGGGUUGGGGAAGAGGAAGAAGAGAAAGUGGUUUCCUCAGUCUUGCGUCUCAAAGGUGAGACCAUUAGAGUCAAACCGGUACUAAAACGAGUGUCUUCUGAAAUUCCAAAACCACCUAAAGACACCCUUUCUCAUAUACUGGAGCUGGUGCUCAAGAGCAACGAGGAAAGAGGGAGGCGUGAGAUGAAAUCCGUUGUACUGAAACUCCUCAGGGAAAAUAACAAUCUUAGCUUUUCAGGCUCAGCCGACUUGUGCAAUGAAACAAUCUACGCAUCCUGCAGAAGUUCCCUGGCUUCUUUAUUGUCUCUGUUCAGAAAAGCUGCUGAAUCAAAUUUUGCUGAUAAAUCCACAGAUACAAUAGAACCAGUGGUGAAAUCCAUGGCUCUGGAAGCUGACAACCUCUUAUGGUUACUGGAUAUUUUAGCCGACCGGCAAGCAGCAGAUGAAUUUGCUGUGCUUUGGGCUAGUCAACAGGAAUUGGCUUCACAUCACACGAAACUUCCUAUCGUAUCUCGCCACCAUGUGAGCAAAAUUACUGCAAGGCUAUUUGUUGGAAUAGGACGAGGGCAGCUCCUUCCGUGCAGGGAUACACGUCAUUUAUUGCUACAAACAUGGCUACAGGCAUUAAUUGAUGACUACAGCUGGUUACAACAUGGCUGCAGAUCAUUUGACCGGAAGGUCGUGGAGGAAGGAAUAGGCAGGACCAUCCUCACGCUGCCUUUAGAGGACCAGCAGAGCAUUUUGCUUUCUUGGUUGGGGAUUUUUCUCAAGACUGGUGACAACUGCCCGAAUCUUCAGAGAGCAUUCGAGGUCUGGUGGAGGAGAACAUUCAUUAGACCAUAUGUGGAACCCGUGAGUCUCCAGCAGCCGAGUGGCUCGACGACACCAAAGGCGGAAGAGCAAUAGAACUACACGUUUCUGCAGGAAAACCAGUUAACCACGGACGAUGUCUAAGACAAGAAUUUCCAUAAUCUUGAUGAUGAAUAUAUGCUAAAAACCUACCUGAGCUCUGACCAAAACAGUGAAUCACUUACACAACGAGCUGUAUUUUAUCAACUUCCCUUUGGAUUGAUGAAUGUAAUUAUUCUCACACUAUAUUCUAAAUCCAUAAAAGGUAGCAUAGUCCGAGUUUCAGUUUUCGUGCAUUUUCAUAAUAUUAUGUCUCUAUAUACUUAGUCCAAUACUAAGACCAUCUCUAAACAAUUCAAACUGUUCAAGAGAAAGAUGUUCCUAGUCUUGUUUUUGUUACUAGAUUUGACCAGCUCUCCCUGUCUGGUUU